AUGAGUGCCGUAAAUCCGAAUGGCAAAUUAGGCCUACUUUUUACUAAUGCAAAACCAUACAUCUUAAUGAUUGGCUUGCAAUUUGGCAUGGCCGGCAAUUACAUCUUCGGCAAGGACGUUCUCAACCAUGGCAUGAAUCGUUUUGUGUUCAUUGUCUAUCGAAAUGCCAUGGCCACAAUUGCCCUUGCCCCUUUCGCAUUCAUUUUUGAAAGGAAGAGUAGGCCUAAGAUGACACUCCCAGUCUUUCUACAGAUAAUGGUCCUGGGAUUCCUGGAGCCAGUUUUCAAUCAAAGCUUCACUUACUUGGGGAUGAAGUAUACUUCGGCUUCAUUCACAUCUACUAUUGUGAACGCUGUGCCCUCUAUCACCUUUUUGCUUGCAGUCUUCGUCCGGUUGGAGCGUGUAAAAUUAAAGGAAAUUCGGAGCCAAGCCAAAGUGAUUGGAACAUUGGUAACGUUUGGAGGCGCUUUGCUAAUGGCAAUUUACAAAGGCCCUGCAUUCAACCUUUUUCAUUCUGGAAGCACAACCCACCAAGACAAUGGAAGCCACUCCUCUCCCAAUAACCACCAAACCGCUGGAGCCAUUUAUAUACUAAUGGGUUGUGUGGCUUUGUCGUCUUUCUACAUUUUACAGUCCGUAACGGUGAAAAGAUACCCAGCGGAGCUAUCAUUGGCGACCUUGAUAUGCCUGGCGGGAACAGUGGAAGGUAGUGUGGUGGCACUGGUGGCUGAGCAUCACUCCCGCGCUUGGGCUCUUGGUUGGGAUUAUAGACUCUAUGCUCCUCUUUACACGGGACUAAUUAGUUCAGGAAUUGCAUACUAUGUUCAAGGGCUAGUGAUGAAUAUAAGAGGCCCCGUAUUUGCAACAGCGUUUAAUCCUCUUUGCAUGAUCAUUGUUACUGGUUUGGGCUCUCUUUUAUUGGGAGAACAACUCCAUCUCGGAAGUAUAAUUGGAGGCAUCGUCAUCGCAUUGGGCCUUUACUCGGUUGUGUGGGGCAAAGCCAAGGACUAUUCAGACUCGAAAUUAGCACAAGCAAAUGUAGGAGACACAAAGUCACUGCAAAUCACCACAAAUGAUGACUCCAAGAUUGAUAUUAUAAUUGAGAAUUUGGAAAAACAAGCAUCAACCAAGCAAAAACUAGAGGAGCCCAACAAAGAGGGAGAAGAAGAAACAGAGAACGGUGUUAUGAAGGUUUAG